AUUAUUUCUGCACCGUUCGCGGUUGUCAACGGAAAAUGACACAGUUUUCUCCGUCAAAAUAGCACGCAUGCACGCGCCCGUCCUGCUACUUUCCUCCAGCUCCUUUCGGUUUCAUGUCUACUCGUAAGGAUGCCACCAAAACAUCAUCGACGAAGAAAAAGGUCACGGACUCACAGAAAGCAUCGUCCACCAGAACCGCCAGAGACUCUAGUACGGACCGAUACGCUCUAAACAAGAAAGCACCCUCUAGAUCGAGGUUCAAAGCCGCGGUCGAUGCGAAACAAUCGACUUCGCAACCGACCGUGACACCGAGAGACAGUUCCAGAACUAACACCGUCGAGAAGAAGAAAAUUACAGGCGGUGCCAGCAAGGAAAAAGUUUCUUCAAACUCGCUCAGCAAAUCUAGCACUAGGGUUACAAAAACUCAGUAUUUCCCCAGCAAGGACUUGUAUUCCAACGCGUUGAAACAUUCGACAUUGAUAGCUGACGUUAACAAGUCCAACGCGGUACCCAAGACUUCGAGCCAUGGAUCGUUGAAGCACUCGCCUUUGACAGCAGACGCUACCAAGUCCAAAACAGUACCCAAGACUGCGAGCGUUGAAGCGUUGAAGCAAUCGGCUUUCAAAACCGACGGCACCAAAUCCAAAAGAGUACCUCUCAAGACUUCGAGUGUAAAACAUCGUGUCGCCUCAGAUAGCCCUAAAACGAUGACGAAAGGGGCGUCUAGCGUGUCUUCUCCCGAUACGUCUUGGUCGGUAUCGGAAAGACCAGGGACCGCGACUCUGAGGAAAGGGAGCAUGGUCAAUGAAAAUAUAGUAGGACCGGAAGCUCCUCCCUUGGUGGUAAAGUCCCCUCCCAACGACUACGAAGACGAUUUCGACUCAUACGAAUCCGACUUCGAGAAAUGCUCGUCGAGUAGCGAGAACUCGAGCGAGUUACCGCCUACUCCUAGUGCUGAAACGAGCUCCAUCAGCAGCGGCGACGAUUUGGUGCAAGCUCCUCCAGCGACUACUGAAGGGGUGCGAUCGGCAGAGCUGGAGAAGAAGCUGGAUUCGGGUACUUUCGAACUACGAGACUUCAAACACCGGCAGCUCUUGCAGAAUAUCCAGGAGUCGAUCGCCAAGGAGAACGCUAAGACGGAAGCUACGCCGUCGUGGUCCGACGAAGGCUUCGAAGAGCAAAAGUCUCUUCAAUUCAUCAACUUCUUGGAGGCGCGGAAAAAGUGCGAACGGAUGAAGGCCAGCGAAUUGAGGAGGAAGAGGGGAGAAGAGAUCUUGAGCAUGAUACGAAUGGACUGUGUAAAUUUUACAAUUUUCGAGUUGCCCUCUAUGCCGUAUGAAACUUUUAUAAGGAACUACGGCAGCAGGGAUGGGAUCCAAAUGUCAACCCAGACGGGGGAGGAUGACGUCUCCGAAGAGACGCAGACGGAGUUUAUUGAGGUGAAUACGAAAUGGACCCAGUUCCCGGCGAAGUUUUCUAAGCUCCGACCAUCAACCGAUGAGUUCUGGACGACGUACAAGUGCGAGUAUCGCGGCGUAGGAAGUGAUGAAGCGGUGGCGGCGGAAGAAGUCCAGGAGACGGACGAUGCGGGGCUGGAAAUUUUCUUGAAAAUUUCUUCAGACUUAGUGCUAGAACUGAUGGCGGAAGACAAUCUCGGUAAUCUCGACAAGCUGAACCGAGGAGAGCCAACGCUACCUUUUAGCGACGGCUACGUGAAGUUCAACACGAACAACGACCUGUUGAAGGAUAGUCAAGUGCAACACGUGUCCAUAUACCCGAAGAGCUGGACCAAAGUGUUGACAGUCCACGUCAAAACGCACCCAGACGAAGGAGACGUCCGCACCGUCCUUUGUUUAUGGGACAUAUCGAACUACGACAUACCUCAGAUGGAGUUUACCUCGUUUGGAGAAGUAUGCUGCGCGACGUUCGCUUACGAAACAUUCGACUUCGUGUUUGGGGGAGAAAGUGACGGCUCGAUACUCGUGUGGAACGUCAAAGAAAAGAGCAAAACUUACGACGUUUCGAACAGAACUCCCACCUGCAGGACGCCGAUCGGACAGGGACACGGCGCGAAGGUCGUCUCCGUGCGGUAUAUCGAACACGAGCAGUCAGCGAGCGAGUGUUACUUUACGGGAGCCGAUACAAUGGAGGUAUGCAGCUUAGACGAAGAAGGGGUCUUUAUGAUGUGGACUCUAUUCGCGAAGACCCAGAACGAAGAAUCCACAGUAGACGACGUCACACUCAUAAAAACGUCUACCGUGGAUCUACUAGUCGAUUCGCCUAAUCUGCGAUGCACGGAUUUCAUUUUGGUCGGGCAAGACGUUUACGUAACCACAGACCAGGGCUCCGUCUUCUAUUACGUCACCAACGGUGCCAGAAACAAAACGAAGCAGUUCGAAAUGGGUCAGCAAUGCGAAGCGACGUGUCUGGACGGUUGCCCGUUCUCCAGAUCAGUCUUCGUGGCCGGGUUUUCCAGCGGUGAUCUGAGUCUCUUAUCGACGGAGCCCCGUAGACCAUUGAUGACGCUCUCGAGUCCGGGAAAUGACGCGAUUCAAUUGGUGCAAUGGUCGACGACGAAACCUUUCGUUCUCUACGCCAAAGACUCUAGCAACACGAUUCACGUUUGGGAUUUGAGCAAGAGCGACAUAUAUCCUGAACUAUCUCUGCCCUUUCCGGAAACCGUCACCUGUUUCAGAUUGUCCCCCGUAUUGAAUGUCGAAGACCGCGAGAUGUCUUACGCGGUCAUUGGAACGGAGGAAGGCAGCCUUUUCCUGCACCUGCUGAACGACAAUUACGGCCAAGACGACUAUUCGAGUUAUAAGGAAAACGUAGAGAUUUUUUUAGACUACAUCAAUCGUUUGUAACGUUUCAUUUGGGAAAUAUAUUUCAAAUAUAA